UGAUUUCAUCAAGCUAUCUAAUUUUAGAUAUCUCCCCAAAAUAACCAUAUAGUUUUUGGCUUAUUCGAUCCAUCCACGCUAUACUGUGCGUUACACAAGUGAUACUUUUCAGUUUUCUCUGUGAGUUAGAAUUAGAGUUGUAAAAAUAAUACUGUAAUUGAUGGAGUUGGAUAAAGACAGUGUACAAAUGUUGAAUGCGGUGUUACAAAAUACACCAUCAAUUCCUGACGAGGAACUGGCUGGUGCAGUUCAACACAAAAAACAUGCAAAACCAAAGAAGAAAGAUUCAUCACUUCUCUGCGGUAAUGAAAUUACAGAUAUAAUAAAAUCAAAUCAUCCACCUGAAGAAAAAUUGAAAAUGGUUUGUAAUAAAUAUUCUGAAGUUCUCCAUGCAAACCGUAAACUAAUGAUGGCAUAUAAAAUGUCCGAAGGAAAAAUGACUAAAUUACAGCAAGAGAAUGAAUUAUGUCAGCAGCAACGUUCCAAAGCUGUCUUGCAACGAUCUAGACUUGAAAAUCUGUGCAGAGAAUUACAAAAACUAAAUAAAGCACAAAAAGAAGAAAUUGAUUUGAAGCUUAGAUUAGAAGAAGAAAAAAGGAAAGAAAUAUCUGCUACUUUUCAAAGUGCCUUUGCUGAAAUGAGUACUUUAACAAGUCAAAAUACAGAAAAAAAUACGAAAAUGAGAGAAGAAAACUUAGAAAUGCAAGAAAAAAUAAAAUUUGUUCGGGAACGUAUUGAACUGAGUGAACAACAGCUGCAAAAGGUUCGUCAACAAAGUCAACUGGAACUUCAACUAGCUGAAGCUAAAAUGGCAGCGCUUAAAAUGGAAAUGACUGCUGAAAAGGAACAUCUAUUAAAAGAAAAACAGCAGUUAUUAUUAAAAUUAACAGAAUAUCAAGUAAAAAUAAGCGAGCUUCAAGCUACUGAAGUAGGUUUAAGAAGUCAAAUUAACAUGUACACUGAAAAGUAUGAUGAUUUCCAAAAUGCUCUUGCCAAAAGUAACGAAGUAUUCAAUGGUUUCAAUGAGGAAAUGGAAAAGAUGACCAAGAAAAAUGCCAAAUUAGAGAAAGAGACAAAUAUAUGGAAACAACGUUGGGAAAAAAGUCAUGUUGCAUUGUUAGAAAUGGCUGCUGAUAAACAAAGUCGAGAUGCGGAAUUGGAAAAACUCAACCACAAAUUAACUUUGUUACAGGAAUUGUGCAAAGCAUUUCAACGUGAGAGAGCGGAGUUGUUAGCACAGUUACGUGCCAGCAAGACUGUUCCUUCUCAAUCUCAGGAAGAAAAAACAGCGAAAGAAGAUGUCAAGGCAGAAGAACAAUUACCAGAAGAUUGUCAAAAGCUGAAAAAUGAUUUGGACCAAUUACAACAAACAUUAGAUGAAGAGAAAUCUAGACCUAAGCCAGUUAAAACAAAUACUGAAACUAAUACAAGUGAUGAUAAAGUCUGCGCCGUUAAUAAUGGUGAAAUUCAAAAUAUUCAACAAGUAAAUCCUACAAAUGAGGAAACUAGUAAUACUCAAGAAGUUAAUAAUCAACCUCUUGCUGAAUCUGUAUCAGUAGUUCCAGAAAAAGAAUCGAAUAUUAAUGAAGAAGAUAUGGAACCAAAGUGUGAAGUUAUUUACAUCAUUGAAUCUAAUCAGACUGUUCCAGUAACCAAUACUGCUUGUGAAGAAUUAAAAUGUAAUAAACAGUUAAUAAUUAAUCCGGAAAGUUCUACACAAAAUCAAGACGAUACAAUAGAAAGUAAUAAAAAAACUGAUUCAAUAAAUUCGCUGGUUAAUGAACCUUGCGCUGAUCUAAGUCCAAAAGAAAGUAAUGGUCCAGUUAAAUCGGAAGAAUUGUUACAAAGUCCUUCAGAUAUUAAUAAUGUGAAAAAUGUAGUUGACACUGAGAAUGUAGUUGAAUUAAACCAUAGUGAAGUUGAUGAAAUAAGUAUAAAGAAUAAUGAAGGUAAUAGUAGUAAUACUGCUAAAGAAAAAAUAGAAAGUAGUACAAAACAAAAUCAUCAUCAUUCAUCAAAGAAAGGAAAGGAUGGUAAACGAAAAAAGUGAUUCAUUUCAACCUCCGACAUACUGAUUUCAUCUCAGAUAUUUUCAUCGUUUAGCACUCUCAAUUCAUACGUUCAUUGUUUAGAAUUACGAUCCUUAAUUAAUUUGACAUACUGUAUGCUCUGAUACUUAAUAUUUCAUGUGAUUCAUGUUUUGAUUGAACAAUGUGGAGCGUAAAUGAAUAACUGAUUCAAGAAAAUAUUAGUCAAGAAGACAUGAGAGAUUUUAACAUAUUUAUGAUUUAUAAUGUUUUUCUAACAAAAUGAGAUUUAUAGUGAGUUUUGUAUAAUGACAAAAAACAAUAUUUGAUUUAUAUGUUUAAUUUAUAGUUUUAAUAGAUUCUGAUAAUGAGUUACUUUUUUGAAUUAACUUUCCAGCUAAAUUCAAAGCCUUUCUUGAUUGUAACUGUCAAUCUCGCGGAAAGUUUUCGAUUUCCAAUAAACAUGAAUAUUAUUAAAUUUAUGCAUCAAAGCAUAUACUUUCUCUUAUAUCCUAUACUGUAAUUAGUAGUUUAUCUCAUUCCAUAUUUACCACACCGCAGCAGGGAAACAAAUCGU